AUGGCUACCCCUAGUCUCCUCGCUUUUGACACCGAGGUUCGAGCCAUUGACUUUGACGUCUGGGUAGAUGACCUGCAGCUGUUCUUACAGUGCGACAGGGCAGACGGUCUCUCUCUCUUUGACCUCACCUCUGGCACCUCUCCUGCCCUGUUGCUGAUGCUGGCGCCACUGGGUGCUCCCCCUCCCCCCUUCUGCCCUCUAUUGCCUCUACUGCUACGGCCGACCUUCUUGGUCUCAAGUCGGUCGGUGCGGCGUCUGCCCCUAGCGGGAGACGCCGCUCUUGCAAAGGCAAGGGGGGCAGAGGCACUAGAGGAGCGAGCGGGAGCGGUGGAGGUGGAGGUGGAGGCGGCGGGGGGAGUGGGGAUGGCGGUGGGAGUGGAGGUGGGGGAGAAGGUGUCGGUGGCGGCGGUGGAGGCGGAGGCGGCAGCGGCGGUGGCGGUGGGAGCGGAGGUGGCGGAGGUGGCGGCGGUGGAGGCGUCGGCGGAGGCGGCGGUGGUAGCGGAGGCGGCGGGGGUGGCGGUGGAGCUGGUCCCAGGUCUACGCAGAGGAGUGGUUCUGGGUGACUGUUACCGGUGUUUCCCGCCUGAUCCGGGCAUUGAGACUGCUGCUCUAGGUGCUGGUGUGGGUGCUGCCCUAGGUGCUUGCGAGGCUGCUGCUCUAGGUGCUAGUGCGUCUGCGUCCUCAGGAACUGCGGCUCCCUCUGGCACCCUGUCUGGUCUCUACCUCCCCUCAUUUUCUACAAACUUGGUGAGUGGUGCUGACCUGCAGGAUGGGGGAGGGCGCCAGCAGGCUGCCCCUCACUCCUCCCAGUUUCCUCCGACAGAGGCCCCGCUGCAGACACUUCACAUGGACGUGUGGGGCCCAUCCCGCGUCCGUAGACAGGGUCACGAGCACUACUUCCUGCUAGUUGUUGACGACUACUCGCGUUACACUGCGGUCUUCCCCAUGCACAGCAAGGGUGAUGUCACUGAGGUGCUGAUCGACUGGAUCCGCGCAGCUCGUCUCCAGCUCAGGCAGAGCUUUGGCUUGGACUUUCCUGUUCUGCGUCUGCACUUGGACAGAGGCGGAGAGUUUUCCUCUGGCCUUAUGAGAGCCUACUGUCGUGCACGAGGCAUCCGUCAGACCUUCACGCUUCCGGACUCCCCGCAGCAAAAUGGGAUUGCUGAGCGCCGCAUUGGCAUGGUCAUGGACGUCGCUCGUACGUCUAUGAUGCAUGCGGCUGCCCCCCAUUUUCUGUGGCCGUUUGCGGUGAGGUACGCGGCGCAUCGGAUUAACCUCCACUCCAUGGUCUCCAGGCCGGAGACCUCCCCAGCCUUGCUGUGGACGGGAAAGGUUGGCGAUGUGUCGGCAUUCUGGGUCUGGGGAUCUCGGGCGUUUGUCUGCGACUUGUCUGCGGACAAGCUGUCCCCUCGUGCUGCUCCUUGCGUCUUCCUGGGGUUCCCCUCUGACGCGCUUGGGUGGCAGUUCUACCACCCCACCUCUCGCCGUGUUCUAUUCUCCCAGGACGUCACGUUUGACAAGUCGGUCCCCUACUACCGCCUCUUCCCCUACCGCACUCCGUCCCUCCCCCCUCCCCCGCUCUUCCUUCUACUAAGUCCCCCCCCGGUAGCCCCCCUCCCCCCUCAGGGUCCUGCCCCUUCAGGUGUGUCCUAG